AUUGACAGCUUGAAAUUAUAAAAAUGUUGUUGAUCGACUAAAUGUGUUUUUACAGCAUUUUAAUUAGAUAAAUCUAUAAAAAUGGAUGAAGUUGCAAAAUUAGAACAUCUUUCUUUGGUAUCUAAAAUAUGCACGGAGUUAGAUAACCAUUUAGGGCUAAAUGACAAAGAUUUAGCUGAAUUCAUCAUUGAUUUAGCAGACAAAAAUCCUACAUUUGAUGGAUUCAAGAAAGUUCUUAUUGAAAAUGGAGCAGAGUUUUCAGAUUCUUUCAUGACAAACUUGCUUCGAAUUAUACAGCACAUGAAACCUGCCAAGACUGAUGCACAAAAAACGGAAACAGAAUCAAGCAAACACAAUCCUUUAGCUACGAAAUUUCCUGGUCUCGCGAUUCCUAAUGAAAAACCUCCUGUUUUCUCUUCUGAUGAUGAAGAAAGUGAGGAUGAGAAGAAAAAUAAGAGGAUAACAUCUAAAGACAUAUUCAAGGAUGAAACUAAACCUAAAAGUGAUAACGUAAUUGACCAGGCGAUGGCUGAACUAGAAGCUUUGGCUCCUUCUUACUCUGGACCAAAAGUAGAAUCAAAAUCAGAAGACAAAAAGAAAUCGGAGUCGAGUGAUACAAAAGAGACAAAGGAUAGUAGAGUAAAAAAGAGAGAAAAAUCAAGAGAUAGAAGUAGACGCAGUAGAAGUAAAGACAAGAGAAGUCGUAGUAGAGACCGCCGGACUAGAAGCAGAGAUAGAGACAGGAAGCGGAGGUCGCGGAGCAGACAACGUCACAGAUCUCGAUCUAGAGAUAGGCACAGGUCCAGGUCGAGAAACAGGCACAGGUCAAGAUCUAAGGACAGGCAGAGGUCGAGGUCCAAGGACAGGCAUAGGAGGUCCAGGUCAAGGGACAGGCACAGGAGGUCUAGGUCCAGAGGGAAGAGGUCUCAUUCAAGGGAUAGAGAAGACAGGGGUAGAUAUGGGGAUCAAGGGAAGAAACCUAGAAAGAGGAGUCCUGAGGUUGAAAUAAGUGAUGAUCCAGAACCUGGCAAGAUCUACAAUGGGCGGGUGGCGAACAUAGUUCCGUUUGGCUGUUUUGUCCAAAUAGAGGGGGUGAGGAAGAGGUGGGAGGGGCUGGUGCACAUAUCACAGCUGCGCUCCGAGGGCCGGGUCACUAAUGUCUCAGACGUAGUCAAUAGGGGCGACAAAGUCAAGAUUAAAGUUUUGUCAAUGACUGGACAAAAGGUCUCUCUGACUAUGAAGGAUGUUUGCCAAGAAACUGGAAAAGACCUGAACCCUACAUCACAUGCCCAUUUGGAGGCGGAGCGCGAAGGGCGCAACCCGGACCGGCCGGCGCCCGCCGCGACUGUACUGGCGGGGCUGCAGGGCGCGCUCGAGCCCGACGAAGACUCCAGCCGCAAGCGCGUCACCAGGAUCUCCAGCCCCGAGCGCUGGGAGAUCAAGCAGAUGAUAUCAUCGGGAGUCAUAGACAAGAGCGAGUUGCCAGACUUCGACGAGGAGACCGGCCUCCUCCCAAAAGACGAGGACGGCGAGGCUGACAUCGAGAUCGAAUUAGUUGAGGACGAGCCACCCUUCUUGCAAGGCCACGGUCGCGCUCUACACGAAUUAUCCCCUGUCAGGAUCGUAAAGAACCCUGAUGGGUCCCUAGCGCAAGCGGCCAUGAUGCAGUCGGCGUUGGCGAAAGAGAGAAGAGAGCAGAAGAUGAUUCAGAGGGAGCAAGAGAUGGAGAGUCUGCCGACUGGGUUGAAUAAGAACUGGAUCGAUCCGCUUCCCGAAGCUGAUGGCAGGGCGUUAGCGGCCAAUAUGAGAGGGACUGGAAUCACGCCUCAAGACUUGCCCGAAUGGAAGAAGCACGUGAUUGGUGGUAAAAAGUCGUCUUUUGGCAAGAAGACGAAUCUCUCGCUGUUGGAGCAGAGGCAGUCGCUGCCUAUUUACAAGCUAAGGGAUGAACUCACAAAGGCCGUAGCAGACAACCAGAUCCUGAUCGUCAUCGGCGAGACGGGCUCGGGAAAGACAACUCAAAUCACGCAGUACCUCGCCGAGUGCGGGCUCACAGCGCGCGGGAAGGUGGCGUGCACACAGCCUCGCCGUGUGGCCGCCAUGUCGGUUGCCAAGCGCGUGGCCGAAGAGUUCGGCUGCCGGCUCGGCCAGGAGGUCGGCUACACCAUCCGCUUCGAGGACUGCACCAGCCCCGAGACUGUCAUCAAGUACAUGACAGACGGUAUGUUGCUCCGCGAGUGCCUGGUGGACCUGGAGCUCCGCGCCUACAGCGUGAUCAUGUUGGACGAGGCUCACGAGCGCACCAUCCACACCGACGUGCUGUUCGGCCUGCUCAAGACGGCCGUGCGUUCGCGUCCCGAGCUCAAGCUGAUCGUCACCUCCGCCACAUUAGACGCCGUCAAAUUCUCGCAGUACUUCUUCGAAGCACCCAUAUUCACCAUCCCAGGACGAACAUUCCCUGUUGAGGUCUUGUAUACUAAGGAACCAGAAACGGAUUAUCUUGAUGCAUCACUCAUCACUGUCAUGCAAAUACAUCUGCGCGAACCGCCAGGGGAUAUCCUGCUCUUUUUAACUGGACAAGAAGAAAUUGAUACGGCUUGCGAGAUCCUAUACGAAAGAAUGAAGUCGUUAGGUCCUGAUGUACCUGAACUGAUCAUUCUCCCAGUAUAUUCCGCGCUGCCGUCGGAAAUGCAAACGCGUAUUUUCGAACCCGCGCCGCCUGGUUCCAGAAAGGUGGUCAUUGCGACGAAUAUCGCUGAAACAUCGCUGACGAUUGAUGGAAUUUAUUACGUGGUGGACCCGGGAUUUGUGAAGCAGAAGGUGUACAAUUCGAAGACUGGAAUGGACUCGCUGGUUGUUACUCCGAUUUCGCAGGCAGCGGCGAAGCAGCGAGCGGGACGCGCGGGUCGCACGGGCCCGGGCAAGUGCUACCGUCUGUACACCGAGCGCGCCUACCGCGACGAGAUGCUGCCCACGCCCGUGCCCGAGAUACAGCGCACCAACCUCGCCACCACCGUGCUCCAACUGAAGACCAUGGGCAUCAACGACCUGCUGCACUUCGACUUCAUGGACGCGCCGCCGGUGGAGUCGCUCAUCAUGGCGCUGGAGCAGCUGCACUCGCUGUCCGCGCUCGACUCCGAGGGGCUGCUCACCAGGCUCGGCCGCCGGAUGGCCGAGUUCCCCCUGGAGCCGAAUCUGUCCAAGAUCCUGAUCAUGUCGGUGGCGCUGCAGUGCUCCGACGAGAUCCUCACCAUCGUGUCCAUGCUCAGCGUGCAGAACGUCUUCUACCGCCCCAAGGACAAGCAGGCGCUCGCUGACCAGAAGAAGGCGAAGUUCAACCAGCCCGAGGGCGACCACCUGACGCUGCUGGCGGUGUACAACAGCUGGCGCAACAACAAGUUCUCCAACGCCUGGUGCUACGAGAACUUCGUGCAGAUACGCACGCUCAAGCGCGCGCAGGACGUGCGCAAGCAGCUGCUCGGCAUCAUGGACAGACACAAACUAGACGUAGUGUCGGCGGGCAAGAACACUGUGCGCAUCCAGAAGACGAUCUGCUCGGGUUUCUUCCGGAACGCGGCCAAGAAGGACCCACAGGAAGGCUACCGCACGCUGGUCGACAGCCAGGUCGUCUACAUACACCCCUCCAGCGCGCUGUUCAACAGGCAGCCUGAGUGGGUAAUCUACCACGAACUGGUGCAAACCACCAAGGAGUACAUGCGUGAGGUGACCACCAUCGACCCCAAGUGGCUGGUGGAGUUCGCGCCCGCCUUCUUCAAGUUCUCGGACCCCACCAAGCUGUCCAAGUUCAAGAAGAACCAGCGCCUGGAGCCGCUCUACAACAAGUACGAGGAGCCCAACGCCUGGAGGAUAUCGCGCGUCCGCAGGAGAAGGAAUUAGGAACGGACGCAAAUAAAUGUUUCUACCAAAUAGUA